UUGUCUUCUCCUGCCCCGUUCACCACGGUUUGUUAGCUUCUCCUACCUACAAAUCGUCCUCGUGCUGGUAUGAUCAUCCUGCAGAUUGAUCACCAACUCCUCGCUUACUCUCCUAUUGCUGCAUCUGCGUACGAAUAAACUGAUAGUCCUGCUCCAUUGCCUGUUUGACAGAAAGCUCGGUUCAGAUCAGUUCGAGAUUGGCCUAGGUGAUUUUAUUUUAUUCGAUAUUUUAUCAUUAUUUUUAUCCUGUUGGAUUGAUUAUUUUAUUAUUAUUUCGGACUUAUUUCUCACUCCCUUGACAAGGGUCUGCAGUAGAUCUCUUGCACCGGUACCUCGCAAUAUCCACUCUGGCACUUCUAUAUCAAUUCCUCAAUUCUCACCUUUUUUUUUUCUCCCCUUUCCAAGCCUCUACUGCCACCAUUCCGUCCGUUUCAGAUCGUAUAUUUUCUUUUUCCAUUUUUCUUGAUCCUUAUCCACUUUUCCCCUGCCGUAUCUGACUACAUCGAACCUGACCUGCAGAUGCGAGGCAUUUUUUUUUCUAAAUUAUUUCUUCAGAACCGUCUGAUCUCACCCCUCUAUACCUAGUCCGCUUUUUACAUCACCUUUUCACAGCCCACCCUAAUCCUCCUCCCCCCCACACACCCAUACCGCACAGGGCUCUGUUCCUGAAAUACUCCUGAAUUAUCCGUUGGAUGGCCAAGGGAUCUUCGUCCAACUCAAAAACUAUAUCUUCCCUCCCCCACCCGCCAAUCCAUCUCGGAUCAGUUCUACAAUCCUCACAGACAUCCUUCAAGACCAAUUCCUUCUCUCUUCUUCACUCUUCCUCUUCCUCUUCAUCAACUUCUACUUCUUCACUCUCCCUGAACAAUCCCUCACAGUCCUUACCAAUGGCCGCUAAGAAAUCCUCUGGGACUACUACCAUGCGUCGCUCCAGCCCUACCACGGAGAUCCCUCUCCCCAUCACCUACACGCCCACCACCCACCGCAUCAGCAAGGCGAAGAAGGGAAAGCGUGUUCAUGCUUGCGAAUAUCCCGGAUGCAACAAGGUCUUCACUCGCGCAGAGCAUCGCAGACGCCAUGAGUUGAACCACAACCCCGAGGCACUGUUCCGCUGCACGCAUCACAACUGCAAGAAGGCUUUCCACCGUCCUGACCUACUGGCCCGCCACAUGGAGAGACACGAGCUUGAGGCACAGAUGGACAACACGCAAUGGGAAAGACACAGCCGCGCUCCCAUGGUCUCCGAAGCUCACUACGUGCCUAAGUGCGCGCCCAUCGAUCCCACCGCCGGAUCUUACCUCGCUGUCACUCAACAGCCCAACUCCAUGUCCAUCGGCUCGCUCGUGGGCCCUGCUAUUCACCCCGAUCUGACUGGCGACUGCGGUAUGAUGUGGAACGGCAUGCCUCUUCACUCCGAGCACCAGACGCCUCUCUUCCCGGGUAACCACAUUCACGAGUCGGUGGAGGACACUCGAUUCUAUGGAUCUCCCGAAACCUGCUCUUCUCCCUCUUCAGACGGUGCCACUCUGUCGAUUCCUUCUCACCCGCGAUCUUCCCUCUCCUCGACGCCCGUUGUUGUCGACCCUUACCCCGAGAACAUCAUCGAGUCCGACCUGUCUUCGUCUCCCAUGUCUAUGCCCGCCAAUGUCCGAUGCUGGGAUCAGCACGAUGCCGGCCUGCACACGACGAACUUGGUUCCUCUUUCUCUCCACGACAGUCUCGUCCAGCCCCCUCUUCAGUGCCACUACCCGUCUCCCGCCUGGUCAGCACCCCACCACCUGGGAUACGAGGAGCACCCUCUUCCCCCUGUCACGCACUACGCCUCCCCCGUGGGCUGGAAAUCGUGGGCGAUCUAAACGCCACAUCAAAAGUUGAAAAGCAAAACGAUGAGACUUUCACCACACGACCUAAUCUAAUCAUCGCAUACGCUCUUAUUGAACCGACGGGUUUCUAAUCAGGGCUUAUGAGUCCUUUUCUCUUUGUCUCUAUAAACGAAUUCGACGCAUCUCACCUAUCACGCGAGUGGUUACACCACCACUACCUAUCUGCACUGGAAAUCGGGUGACACGAGCGUUUUACCUCGACGGGAUUUCUAUCACAGGACCGAACUAUCGACGAAUUGAUUUCGACGAAAGAAAAACGGUCAUACAAAAGCUCAUGCAAAGAAAAAAAAAAAAGAAAAAAAAAAACCGACACCCCGGAGGUUCAGCAAAACCGUCGAGGUGAGACAGUGUCACCCGAGCCAGAACCUAUCAGCUUUUUUUUCCCUUGUGUCUCAUUUCCUUUGUUUUCCCUUCUGAUUUGUUUCCUUGACUUUUUUUUCCUUUUUCUCACCGGAUAGAAAAGUGCAACGGCUGUCUUAUGUUCCAUGAGUCUUUGGUUUCAGACUUAUAUUGUUGCUUUUUUUUCUCUUUUUUGUCUUUUUGCAUUGGGUUUGGUUAGCGAUUACCCUUCUUCUGAAUUCCCCUCCCCUUUACCUUUUUUUUUUUUUUUUUUGUUUUCAUUUGUCGAUUAAUGUUCUCUAUGCUCUUCCCCCCCUUUUUUGCCUGCUUCACGAACUCUAUACCCCCGAGCAAGCAAAUACCUUUGUAUACUGUGUAUAUAUACAUUUCUCUUCUUCUUCUUUCGAUCUGGUUGAAUAUGGCUUCUUGCGCACUUCUUUUGUUGAGCUUGCCUGUUGGAUGCAAUUGCGAGUUUCCCCGGAUGUUUACUAUAGACUUGGUUGCUCUGAUUUCUGGAUAAGAAUAUACUAUUAUACUACUAUAUCUUCAAACUACUUGCUUCUGGAUACAUUGUACAUUCUAUUCUAGCAUAGUCAAUCCUAUUAUAUUCAAUGAUUUGACUUAGAAGAGCCACUGAAACAGCAACGGGAACU